AUGAAGACCCAAAAAGAAGCCGAGACCGAAGUCCGCUCCUGGGGCUUUCCACACGUCUUCACCUGGACCGACGGCUCUAAUGCACAUUAUCCACCUCACUCCCACGCCGGCCUCACAACCCACCUCAUUCUCAAGGGACAGCUCACGAUUGCAUAUCCCGAAGACGGGGAUGCUGAAGAGAGGAAGAAGCAAGUGACUUACGGUGUAGGGGGCCGCAUCGAUGUGGCUGCCGGCCGCGUCCAUGAGGUGUGGAUGGGCGCCGAGGGUUGUACGUACGUGAUAGGAGAGUAA